GGCAUUAUAUAAUCACCAACACAUAAACUCGCUUCUUGGGCGCCGUACGAUUCAGAAAACUUGAUACAAUGGAAGUUGCAAAAAGGGGUACAAUGGAAAACAACAUGGUGAUUUGGAAUCUUCUUAUGAAAAAUCAUGAAGACGUUUUGAUUGAGAUUUUCAAGCGCUUAGAUAUCUUUGAAUCACCUUCAUCUGUUCGUCGUUUUUGUGAGACAUGGGGGAGAGCUAGCAGCAACCAAUCGUUUUGGCAAACACUUGAUUUCUCCAUGUUGAGAUCUGAUUUUAUCAAGAGCACUGCUCCGCCAUAUGUUUGGGUCAAUUCCAACUUCGACAACACUUUAUACAAUUUGUUGUUUAUUUCAUUGAAUCCCAGCCAAGGGAAUAUCAAGACUUUGAUUUUCCAUUACUACUUGUAUCUCACCAAUGAUCAAUUCUUGUACACAGCUAAAAGGUGUCCACUUCUAAGACGAUUAGUCUUCGUAUCUUGGAACAGAAUCAACAAAGUGGUAAUGCGAAAGGCUAUUAAAGGAUGGAAAGAUCUAGAGUCAAUGACAAUGCCUACCAUAGAAUAUCCAAAUUAUAUUUUUCAAGAAAUUUCAAGGAGUUGCAAGAAAUUCAGAGAACUCAAGGUUAUGGGACGUUUAAAUUUGCAAUUUGCUUCAUCUCUCACAAUAAAUCUUCCAAACUUAAGAGUAUUGAGUAUUCGAUGUUCAGGGUUGGUGAAAGAAGCUCUCAUCUUAAUUUUAGAUAGAUUACAAUAUUUAGAAGUGCUAAAUAUUUCACAUUCUUGUUUUGUGGAGCCUUUUCCAGAUAGUGAGGAAGGAUAUAGGUUUAUCAGUGAUGUUGACACUGACAUUAUUAGCAAGAAGGCUUCUAAGUUGCGUGAAUUUCACACAUGCAUGAAAGAAUCAUGCAUCAUGUGUCAUCGAACAAGAGUUGAUUGUGGGCUUCCUAGGUGGUUUAGGUAUGAGGAAGGGAUUUGGAAACAUGAUGAAGUUAGCUCUCUUGCACUCUGAGAAGAUAAUACUGUAUUUGAUUUGUUAAUUAUUUGUGAUAUUUUACUCUUGUCGGCAAUUAGUAGUUUUCUUUUUGCUCGUGAGUUUGACUCAGUUGGUAAGGACAAUGCAUUAAUAUAUGUAAGGGUCCAGAGCUCAAACCCCGGCUACCACAAAAAAAAAAAAUAGUAGUUUUAUUUUCACCACAAAAA